GAGCAGGAAACCAGAGAGUGAGCCACACAAGAAGAGGAAGCUCUAAUCGAGGAGGCCCAGACAGCAACUGUGGUUUUCUUUUCUCGCCAUUUAGGAGAGGAUAUUAAGCAUGUCAACAUCAGGAGAGAGGAUACCCUCUACAACUUCUGUCAACUCAACAGAAAGCAAAGAUGUUGACUCCCCAUCUGGUUCAGUCUCUGAAAAACCCAAGAAAUCAUCUAAGAAGUCGUCCAAGAAAAACACAGAGAGUAAGAACAAAGUCUACACCUCCGUGCUCAACAGUGUGUUUGGCGCUGAGAGAGAAUUGGCUCCGGCUGAAUUAGAUGAGUUGCAAGAGGCCUUCAAGGAGUUUGACUACGACCAAGAUGGCUACCUGAACUACAAGGAUGUGGCUGAGUGCAUGAGGACGAUGGGAUACAUGCCCACAGAGAUGGAGCUGCUGGAGAUCGUCCAACAGAUAAAGAUGAGAAUGGGAGGAUUGAUGGACUUUGAGGACUUUACUGAACUGAUGGGACCCAGGAUGAUGGGAGAAACCGCCGAUAUGCUGGGACUCAAAGAGCUCCAGUCUGCCUUUGUACAGUUUGAUUUGGAUGGUGAUGGAAAGAUCACACAGGAAGAGAUGAAGGAGGCCGUCAAGACGCUGCUGGGAGAGAAGCUGAAGAAAGGAGAGCUGGAGGAAAUCCUGAAGGAGCUGGACAUCAAUGCAGACGGAAACAUUGACUUUGAAGAGUUUGUGAUGAUGCUCUCCAUUCACUAAAAUACUGACUACAUGGACAAACACUGAAUCCUUCAGCAGAGAAUCAAUAAAAUAUUCACCUUUUGGUAACCAGCGCUCAGCUAUUGGCAACAAUGAUACUAUGUGGUAGCACACACAGUUUAGAUAGAUGCAUAUUUUAAAUGUUUUUGUGUAAAUAUGA